AUGUUAAAAAGUACGAAGACUCUGUUUCUUUCCCUAACAGGUGUUGGGGUUGAUGACAUGUUUAUCAUGAUUUCUGCCUGGCAGAAGACCAGCCUCGCGGACAGCGUAAGCGAGCGGAUGUCUGAUGCCUACUCACAAGUGGCAGUGUCCAUUACGAUCACCACGCUCACCAACGUCCUGGCCUUCUACACAGGAGUCAUGUCCUCCUUCCGGUCCGUGCAGUACUUCUGCAUCUACACGGGGACCACCCUGCUCUUCUGCUACUUCUACAGCAUCACCUGCUUCGGGGCGUGCAUGGCCCUGGACGGGAAGAGAGAAGGGGUCUGUCUGCGCUGGCUGGAGAAGCCAGGAACGCCUGGCCAAAACUGUUCCUCGUUUAAAAAGUCCUGCUGCCUCCCAGGUAGUUCCCUCCAGGAUGGAUGGAAAGCCGACAUCCAUCCAAUGAAUCUGUUCUUUAGAGACUAUUUUGGUCCUUUGCUCACAAGCACCAAGUCCAAGAUUUUUGUAGUGCUCCUAUACGUGUCGUACAUCAUAACUAGUAUAUGUGGGUGUUUCCGAGUGGAGGAAGGUUUAGACCUCCGAAACUUGGCAAGUGACGACUCCUACAUCACACCAUAUUUUAAUGUAGAAGAAGAACAUUUUUCCACUUAUGGCCCCAGGGUUAUGGUAAUCGUUACUGGGGUUCUUGACUACUGGGAUAAAGAUGCGAGGCAAAGACUGGAGAAAUGUCUGGCGGACUUUGAAAACAGUGAGUAUGUAGAUGAGAACCUGACAGAGUUUUGGUUACGAGAAUAUGUAAAUUACAUGGAAAACCUCCGUCAGGAUGUAAAUGAUAAGACCGUGUUUCUAAGCACUAUUCCCACUUUCUUAAUGGAAUUUCCACUUUUUGCAUAUGAUAUUAACAUAACAUCGUCACAGGAGAUCGUUUGUUCCCGGGCCUUCAUUCAAAGCAUGGGCAUUUCUUCUUCAACCAAUAAGAAGCUGAUGUUACUCCAGUUCCGAGACAUGGCUGAGAAGUGCGCCGUGCCCCUGAUGGUGUACAACCCCGCAUUCAUAUAUUUUGACCAGUUUUCCGCAAUAGUAGAAAACACUGUUCGGAAUGUGGCUGUUGCGUCAGCAGCUAUGUUCAUCGUCUCCUUAUUACUAAUUCCUCAUCCCCUGUGCUCUUUGUGGGUAACUUUUGCUAUUGCUUCUGUGAUUGUGGGCGUCACGGGUUUUAUGGCCUUCUGGAAUGUCAACCUUGACUCCAUAUCCAUGAUUAAUCUUGUCAUCUGUAUAGGGUUUUCUUUUGACUUUGCUGCUCACAUUUCCUAUGCAUUUGUCUCCAGUGCAGAGCCCUCAGCAAACCACAAAGCCAUUGAGGCGCUGUACCUGUUAGGGUACCCUGUGCUACAAAGUGCGGUUUCAACAAUAAUAGGGGUGUGUGUCCUGUCUGCAGCUAAAGCGUACAUCUUCAGGACGUUUUUCAAGAUUAUGUUUCUUGUGAUGGUAUUUGGAGCUGCUCAUGGUCUAAUUUUUAUCCCAGUAUUCUUAACCUUUUUUUGA